UUCUUCAUCCCCAGCAGACAGAAGAGCAGCAUGAGGCCUGAGAACCAGAGCAGCGUGUCCCAGUUCCUCCUCCUGGGGCUCCCCAUCCCGCCAGGGCAGCAGGGCGUGUUCUUCACCCUGUUCCUGGGCAUGUACCUGACCACGGUGCUGGGCAACCUGCUCAUCAUCCUGCUCAUCAGGCUGGACUCUCGCCUGCACACACCCAUGUACUUCUUCCUCAGCCACUUGGCCUUCUCUGACAGUUCUCUCUCCUCUGUCACUGUCCCUAAGAUGCUCAUGGACAUGCAGACUCGGCAACAAUCCAUCUCCUAUGGGGGGUGUAUUUCUCAGUUGUAUUUUUUCAUACUUUUUGGGGCUCUUGACAAUUUUCUUCUGGCUGUGAUGGCAUAUGACCGGCAUGUGGCCAUCUGUCACCCUCUGCACUACACCACCAUCAUGAGGGAGAGGCUGUGUGUGCUGCUGGUGGCUGGCUCCUGGAUUCUCUCCUGUGGCCAAUCCCUGUUGCACACCCUCCUCUUGGUCCGACUGUCUUUCUGUGCUGACAAUGCCAUCAUCCACUUCUUCUGUGACCUUGCUGCACUCCUGAAGCUGAGCUGUUCAGACACCUCUCUCAAUGAGCUGGUCAUAUUCACCGAGGGAACAAUAAUUUUGUUUUUGUGUUUUGGUAUUAUUUUGGGCUCCUAUAUCCGUAUAGGGACCACCAUCCUGAGGGCGCCCUCCACUAAGAGACUGUUUAAAGCCUUUUCUACCUGUGGCUCCCAUGUCUCUGUGGUGUCUUUAUACUACGGUACAUCUGCAGGUAUUUACAUUUCUUCCUCAUCAUGGGGUUCCAAAGACAUAAUUGCUUCGGUCAUGUACAUGGUAGUUACCCCCAUGCUGAACCCCUUCAUCUACAGCCUGAGGAACAGAGAUAUCAAACAGGCCUUAGAGGUGUGUGUCAAGAGGAUUAAGUUCUUAAAGUGGCAAUCACUGAAUCCUCUGGUUGCAGUCAGGAGCACAGGGAAAUAUAUCUCCUAA